CCCUGCUGCCAGUUCUUUACUGUUAUUUUACUGGGAAAUUCUUAACAGUGUGGAGAGACUCUGAGUAAGGAAAGACAAACAGUGGGCUUAGUGCUGUGAGAGAGAAGGGGGUGGGUUGGUAUUUACAUACAUUAUAAAGGGUGCAGGUAUAAAGAGUGCACAUGGAGGGCAACUCUCUUCACACUCUAAUAACUGUGACAUAUAACCCUCAUAUGAGCUGCUGGCUGUAGUGCAGGACUUUCUCUGCAGCCCUCUGCAUCUCCUCUCUCUGCUAUGGUCGUCCACAUCGUACGCAACUUCAGCACCACAGACAGCUCAAUCUCUGUCUCCAGCUCCAGCUCCAUCCUCAGCACCGACUCCUCUCUGCGGGACUCACCGGCGUCCCAGAUGAGCCGGACCGGACACACGGUGGUGGCAGUAUGCCUGGGCUUUAUCCUAGUAGCGGGAAUCAUCAACAACUUCCUGGCUCUCCUGAUCUUUGCAAAGUUUCGCUCCCUGUGGACGCCCAUCAAUGUCAUCCUGUUGAACAUCAGCCUGAGCGACAUCCUGGUGUGCGUCUUCGGCACACCGUUCAGUUUCGCUGCCAGUGUGCACGGCAGGUGGCUCAUUGGAGAGUACGGAUGCAAGUGGUACGGGUUCGCCAAUUCACUCUUUGGGAUCGUGUCCCUGGUGUCCCUGUCUGUCCUCUCCUAUGAGCGCUACACUGCCGUGCAGCGUUCCUCCCAGGUCGACAUGUCAGACUUCAGGAAGGCCUGGCUCUUUGUCGGAGGCUCCUGGCUCUACUCUCUCCUCUGGACCUUGCCGCCUCUGCUGGGUUGGAGCAACUAUGGGCCCGAGGGACCCGGCACCACGUGCUCCGUCCAGUGGCACCUCCGCUCACCCACCAGCGUCUCAUAUGUGUUGUGUCUCUUCAUCUUUUGUCUGCUGCUGCCCCUUCUGCUCAUGGUCUACUCUUAUGGCCGGAUCCUGGUGUCAAUCAGGAGGGUGGGUAAGAUCAAUCUGCUGGCAGCUCAGCGCAGAGAGCAGCACAUCUUGGUGAUGGUGUUGUCCAUGGUGUCCUGCUACAUGCUGUGCUGGAUGCCCUACGGCAUCAUGGCGCUGAUGGCCACCUUCGGCAGGUCGGAACUGGUGACUCCCACGGCCAGCGUUGUGCCCUCCGUCCUGGCCAAGUUCAGCACCGUCAUCAACCCGGUCAUCUACAUGUUCUUCAACAACCAGUUUUACAGAUGCUUUGUGGCCUUCGUGAAGUGCAGUGAGGAACCCAAGUCUGUUCAAGGAGAGGAGCACCCGACUCCGGGGACGCGGUUCUCCGGUUUCUUCCCCGUCCGCAGACAAGCCUCCCUCAGCUCUUCACAGCGUCAGAUCUGCAGCCGGCACAACGACCGCCACACUCUCGUUGUCCACUACACGCCAUAAGAGCUUUUCAUCUUUUUCAUCUGACAGACUGUGAGAAGUUAAAACAAAUGUUUGUUUGUUUUUCAGAAUCAUUAUUGUCCAAAAGUGCAACUAAAA